AUGGCAGCUGUAAAUUGUAUUUUACAUCGAUUCAACGACAACUUUUUUAGUUAUGGGCACAGGGGCGACAAUCCAUGUAAGUGUUUUUAUUGUUCUUUUAAGUUUUACGUGCUUCUACUGGUUAAAACUAUGUCUUACUAAUACAACAGCUUUUUCUAAACUUGCUUUAUCUUAUUUUAAUACUUCGUUUUAGCUGGGAUUAAUCUUUUUGACCAGUUAAGUCAAUCUUCUCCAUCUGUUAACAAUGAAGAAGAAACAGCUCAAAUUGAAGUGGAACUAGAGGGUCGUUUGGUUGUCUGCAGUGGAGAUGAUGCAGAUGAGAUACGUUUAGUUAAUAAUGGAGAUUAUGUUCAGUUAGACAUUAGUGAAAUCAAUGGAUUUUCAUAUUUUUCUGGAAUGGUAAGCUCUAUCUAUACCUACUUUAACGUUUUCUUUUGUAUUUUCUUUAAAUCUUCAUAAUUUCAGAAGCUAAGGGUUAAGGGAGUACAAGCAGAUGUUGGUAGUCGCAAAAUGAAAGUAAAAUCAAUUGUUCCGUUUACUUCUUUGCCGUUAGCGAAGCUUCAAGAUGAUUCGGGUAUGUUAAUAUAAUUUUGGUUAGUUUUUCUGUUUUUAGACUUUCUUCGCGUUUGUAUGGCGUUUGGACCCUUUGUUAACAACAGUUCACAUGAUCAGCUCGAUUAUUUCUUGGAAAAAGUUAUGAAUUUAAAUGCUUCUGCUGUGAUUUUGGUAAGAUAAUAUCAAAAUUAGUUGUUUUAGGGCGCUGGAAUUUUGGUCAAAGUUCACUGACUGAAAGACUAAAUUCCUGUUUUAAGGUUUAUUUGUUUAAGUUAAACUAUUAUUUUUAGUCUGGACCAUUUUACAACCCAGCAGAGCAAGAAAAAGCUGUAGAAAGGACGAAUAUUGUGUUACAAAAGAUCUCAGACAAGGUUAAUGGCUCUAAAACGAAAGUCAUUGUUCUUCCUAAUGCUUCUAAUGACAUUUUGAGUACAAACACGUUUCCAACACCAGCAUUAAGGCCUGAAUUGCUUGGAAUUACUGGUCUAUCUAGGGUAAAUUUAGUUUUAUAUUGUUUUAGGUAACAAACUUCUGUGAUUGACUUUUAUUAGAGAUUUUAGGUAAAAAUUGGCUUUGUGCUGUACUUUUUGAUUAAGGUUAGCUAGUUUAAGCUUUUGUGGGUAAUUAUAACAUGUUUUUCUUUUCAGAACAUUGAGUUUGUGCCAGAUCCAGCUGUGUUCUCAUUAAAUGGAGUUUCUUUUAUUGUUACAAGCUCGGAUCCGUUGAAAAACCUGGCAAAAAAAGAGAAAUAUUGUGGAGAAGUGUCGCAGUCAAAAGAUAGAAUGUCAAUUUUGUGUGAACAUCUUCUAGAGUAGGUGUUACUACCAAAUUAAGGGUAUUUGUAUAGUUUGGUCAAGGUUCAUGAAGGUCAUAGUCUAAUGGCUCAUAUGAUCAUUUCUAAUGACUGAAUGGAAUUUUUUAGCUUAAAGUUUAUAACCCUAAGGAUACAUUAAUGUAUAUAAAAUGAUCGUUUUUAGUCAAAGAUUAGCUUGUCCGGCUUCAUUUGGACAACAAUCAAGCGUUGUGCAUAAUAUUGAGGAUGAGCAUUUCACAGAACGACCUCAUUUCUUUGUUGUACCUUCAAAUCUGGCUCAGAUCAAGAAGGUAGGGUCAAGUCAAGGUUUAUAUCGUCUAGAAAAAUGAAUUUUUAAGGUUUUCUUUGGGAUUUUAUCAAGGAUAGGCUUGGUUUUGUCAUGGAUAAUAUAGUUUUUUGACUAAAAUUUUGUUUUUUAAUGAUUUUUAGGCUGUUUUUAAAAGUUUGAGAUAGAGAAAAUGAUAAAAUGAUGAGAAACGUAAACUAAAGUAAUGGUCAUUAUAUCAAGUGAAAUUUCAUAAUGAUCUUUAUAUAACUACACAUUUCAGAACGUUCAAAACACAAUGUUCCUGAACCCAGGAAAGUUUUUGUUCGGCCAAAAGGUGCGAUACAGUAAGAUCGAUGUAAAUAUUAAGCGAGCCAGAACAAAUCAAGCCGAUUCAAUUGGAUUAGAAGCCUUCAGUAGCGUCGAAAAUCGGUCAGAAGUCUUUGCGGAAGAGAAAAUGGAAACUUAA